AGGUUUACAAGUUGAUUUCUUUUUUUGAGAGAAGGAAAGAAAAAAAAAAUGAGUAAAGGAGAGAAAGAAAGAGGAAGAGAGUGAGGGAGGGUGAACGGAAAUAUUGCUUUAUUUCGUUGAUGAAAAUUCUUCUUUAUGUUGGUGCUCUUUACUUUUUGGUAUAUUUUUAGUAAGGCUAAUACUGGUUGUUUCUUUCUGUGUGUAAUGCCUCUUUCAGAAGCUCUUGUAAAGCAGGCCUGGUGGUAAUAAAAUCUCUGAGUACUUGCUUGUUCAUAAAAGAUUUUAUUUUUCCUUCAGUUGUGAAGCUUAGUUUGGCUGGAUAUGAAAUUCUGGGCUGAAGGUUCUGUUCUUUGAGGAUGUUGAAUAUUGACCCCCACUCUCUUCUGGCUUGUAGAGUUUCUGCUGAGAGAUCUGCUGUAAGUCUGAUAGGCUUGCCUUUGUGGGUAACCUGACCUUUCUCUCUGGCUGCCCUUAGUAUUUUCUCCUUCGUUUCAACCCUGGUGAAUCUAACGAUUAUGUGCCUUGGGGUUGCUCUUCUUGAGGAAUAUCUUUGUGGUGUUCUCUGUAUUGCCUGGGGUUGAAUAUUGACCUGCUUUGCUAGUUCAGGAAAAUUUUCCUGAAGGGUAUUUUCCAGCUUGGAUUCAUUCUCUCCUUCGCAUUCAGGUACACCUAUCAAACGUAAAUUUGGUCUUUUCACAUAGUCCCACAUUUCUUGGAGACUGCUCAUUCCUUUUUAUCCUUUUAUCUCUAAUCUUGUCUUCUUGUUUUCUUUCAUUAAGUUGGACUUUGACCUCUGUUAUCCUUUCUUCUGCUUGAACAAUUCGAGUGUUUAAACCUGUGCAUACUUCUCGGAGUUCCUGUAUUGUAUUCUUCAGUUCCAUUAAUUCACUUAUAUUCCUCUCUAAGUUGUCUAUUCUCAAUAGGAUUUCGUCAAACCUUUUUUCAAAGUUCCUAGUUUCUUUACGUUGGGCUACAACAUGUUCUUUUAACUCACAGAAGUUUCUUAUUAUCCAUUUCUUGAAGAGUGAUUCUGUCGUUGGGAUGCGCUCGUUCUCUGUCAAGCCUUGUUCCAUUGUUGAUGUGGAACUGUGAUCAUCUUUAGAGGGAGAGGAGUUCCGAUUUUGAGUAUUCUCAGCCUUCUUACGCUGGUUUCUUCCCAUCAUUGUAAAUUUAUCCUCCUGUCGUCUUUGAAAUUACCAACUUUCAGAUUAGGUCUCUUGAUUGGACGUCCAAGUUGUUUGUUCCCAGGGCCAGAACGGCGGCAUUAAGACUGAUGGUGCUUUUCUGCCCAGUAUUCUCCUGUCUGGCUUCCUUCUUGUGUCCGUAAUGGGUGACUCUGCCUUCCCCGGGCUCCAAACCUUGCUCAGAAGGGGAACCAGUCUCAUUUACUCUGCCGUGCUGAGGUGCCAUCACAGCUGCUGCACCGGUCUCAGGAGUCGUGCUGGGGACCCGUGUGGAUCCUCCAAACCUCAGUCAGAAGGGGAACUGGCCCUGUUUACUCUGCUCCGAGAGCUGCCUCGCCGAGGUGGCGGCGAAGCUGCUGCGCCGGCCACAAGAGUCGCACUGGCGGCCCAUGUGGGUCCUCCAAGCCUCUGUCAGAAGGGGAGCCAGUCCUGUUUACUCUGCUCCGAGAGCUGCUGCGCCGAGGCGCCGGCCACAAGAGUCGCACUGGCGGCCCAUGUGGGUCCUCCAAGCCUCUGUCAGAAGGGGAGCCAGUCCUGUUUACUCUGCUCCGAGAGCUGCUGCGCCGAGGUGCCAGCGAAACCGCUGUGCAGGCCACAAGAGUUGCGCUGGCAACCCGUGUGGUUCCUCCACUGUGGAUCUUCUGCUCCAUGAGCAACCAGAAUUUGUCUGAAAGUGUGGCGUCCUCUAGUUCUCUCCACAAAGAGUUCUUAAUUGACCUCUACUGUCCCUUCCUGUUUGGAAACACCUAUGGUUUUGCAUAACCCCUGACACUGAAUUGACAGUGUUAGAAGAUAGUCCCCGGAUGUAGUACUAUAACUAAGAAAGCAUGAACACCACCCUUUCUGGUGACAGCCUGCCAUGCCUGCUGUGGCUGAUGCUUAUAGAAUUGCUGCUCCAAAGUUUUGGCUCCACUUGAGCUGUCCAGGAGCCUACCAGGCAUUUGUGCAUUACUACUCACCUUGGAUCUCCUUACCAAUAUAAUUAUUUCCACAUCAGUCCAGGACUGAAAGGAAAAAUGUUUUCACCAGGAUUGGCAGCCUGUAGCUCUGUGACCUCAGUCAACCCUUCAUGUUGUGUUGUGGGGCAGGGUGGCGAGGGCGCAGAAUUCUUUAGAGAACCAAGUGGCGAAAAAGAUUUCAAUCCAGUAAAAGUAAAAAGUAAGGACAUUUAGAUAGUUGCUAUAUUUGGGGAAGUUAUCAAAACAGGUUUAUAGGGAGGAGGUAUGAGGUGUUGCUUUGUUUUUAUUCAGUUGUGUAAUGAAUAUAACAAGUAGCCAGAAGGAGCUUCGUAUUAAUUAGAACCAUAUUUAAAUGUCAACAGUAAAUUUGACGUGAGCUUCCUGUGUGAUGCCAACAUCUAAAUGUCUUUCUAACCUUAUAUGUUUUAAAUGGUGAGAGAACUAUAGCAAAGUUGAAAACAUAAUGCUCUUGUCCUUUUCUGAUUUUAGGAUAAGUUUCUCUCUUAAAUUUUGGACUUAACAUGUCCAUACUGAGGGGUUAUAUGAAUAUUAGUACGAGGCUGACUUUUACUGUGGUAAAAUGUGCGUAACAUAAAAUUUGUAUUUUAACAAUUUUUAAGUGACGGUGGCAUUAAACAUAUUCACAUUGUUGUGCAGCCCGUACCACCAUCCACCCCCAGAACUUGAAAAUCUCCAAGACUGACUUUUUUCAUAGCAGGCAACUUUAAUUCCCCACUUGAUACCUGGAUUCCUUUUUCUUUUCACGCUAUCUUUUUAUAACACCCUUCUAAUCUGAGUAUUUCUUCUGGGCUUAAAAGAUCCUCAGUGGAGAAGUACAACCUAAGAGGGAGUUAGGCGACCAAAUGGAUCAGGAAAAAUCGUGUUUAUCUCAAAAAUAAAGUGGUAAUUAUGGGUGGCUUCUGGGCUCAACUUAGAACAUUAUCGCUGAAAAGUCCCCAAGAAACUAUGAAUUCAGAGCCACUCUGGUGAAUUAAAUUUUUUGAAUGUCUUCAUGGUCUUGAACCAAAGUCAUUUCCACCAAAGGGGGAGUCAGGUGAAAGUCCCCAGGGCCCUCUCUAGGGCACAGGAGACCUCCAGAAUAAGCUGGUGGAGGAAUUGGCUCCACCUCUGGGAGGGAAGAGCAGCCGGGAUCAGGGGGCAUUAACAUUAAUUUUCCCAGGACUUUACUGCAAAUGGGUGUUGGAUGGAAAUAUUUGUUGUUCUCAAUCAGAUGAGUUUCUCUUAUUUUAGUGAGACUAAAGAAAGACAAUUUUAAUUCCAUCUAAGCUUGUCUUGGGAUGGGAAAAAAUAACUUUUUUGAAUGCUUAGGAGAUACUGGAAUUCCACAUCAAAGUAUGUAACUGUUUUUAACUGAUGACUACUCAAUAUGUGAAAAUAUAAACAAGCAUGAAUAUAGGGAUGACUGAUUCCAGAAUUAGCAAUAAUUUUCCCUUAAAUAACAAAUUUGUAAAGCUGUAUGAUUCUGUUUGCAAGAUGUUUUUCAUACUGCUUAACAAGACCAGUUACUGUGUAAAAUAAAGAAUAUAUAUAUAUAUCAUAAAUAUAUAUAUAUAUAUAAAUGUAUUUUCAUGGAUCUGAAACUUUAUAGGAUUGUUUGUCAUAGUUGAACAUUAUUUAAUUAACUUAUUGAUUAUAUGGAGGUAUAUUUUUCUCGAUAGCCAUUCACUUUUUAAAAGUUUUAAUUAAUUUAACUGACAAAUUAGCCAUUCACUUUCCUUCAAAUCCUAUUUUAAUCACAACGUCCAUUUUAUAGCUAGACAAAAUUUAGUGGGUCCAAAAUGUACAAUCACUUCUAUGUUAUUUGUUCAGAGUAGUGAAUCUUUGCCUAAUUCACUUUUGUUUUAAUCCCAUCAUACUCUUUUGGGCCAAGAAAAUGAAAGCUCAUAUGGAUUAUAUUUAUGCUUAAUAUCAACAUGGUUUGUAAGUAGACAGAAAAACCACUCACUCACAUAUUUAGCCACCCAUGGACUGGAGUGCUCUGUAGAACAGCCCGAAGUAUACACUGUGUCUCCGCACUUGAAGCUCAUGGAAUGUGCUGGAGGAGACUUGAGCUCUAUGUGGAGCCAGUGUGGCCCAAGAGCCAGCAUGGAGGAGGGCUGUGUGAGCAGACUGCUGUAGAAUGCUAAAGUUAUAAUCCUAGCUGGUGUCUCGUUCUGUUUAAAAAAUGAAACUUCUUUAUUUAAUUGAUGCAUUGUUCCUUAUAGUAUCAUCGGGAUUGUUAAGUCAUUUUGCUGCCACCAGUGAGUCUCACUCACUUAUUUGUAAUAAUUCUUGGGAAGUUUAGUCAAGAGUAUCUAUAAAUAAAGAAGUACAUGUUUUAAGUAUUUUUAUCAUAGUCUAGAUGGGUUGUAAAACCCAUUUCUACAUGAGUAUAAAUUUAAAACAGAAAUUGUAGGUGUCAGCAAUCAUCUUUUGAUUUUGUUUUGCUCGUUCACAAGUUUGAAAAGGUACAUGAGGCACCAAUUAGUGACACUGGAAUUGCUUUAGGGAUGGUUUGUGACUUUACCUGGAUUGGGCUUUAUCAUUUGUCAACAAACCUAUUGGGACAAACACAAGUAGCUGAGAUACUACUGGCCCCAGUUCUUGUCAUCUCUGCCAUCUCCAAAGACAGAAUCUGGGAAAUAACUUGGGAACUGCUUCAAGUCCACGUCAGGCCAUGGCUUCGUCCGCUCCCCAGCAUGUGCCUGGACUUCCUUUGGGUGCUGGCUUUUCUGCUGGACCAAGAGCUUCAUGGAGAGAACGCCAGGGCAAGGUGAGGAGAAGCAGCUGGUACAGACUGACAACGAAGGAGAGGACUGGAAAAGCUGCUUGUGUGUGGUGGAAGUUUCAGUGUAAUGCGAUUCCAAGUAGGCACAUUUGUGAUUCAAUUAAAUAAAAAGGGGCAGAGAUGA